UAAUGUUUGGCAGUGUUCACCGGAACAGUGAUCCGGAAAACCCAAACAAUCUCAAUGGGCCCUCUAUUUCUCAGGAAUCACCUUCGCAGCCUACAGUGACAACAGGAAUGUCGUGGGAGCUUCGAGUUCAAUCGUUCGUCGGGCUCUUUAUUUUGUCAAUAAUCGCCAGUUUCUGUGGAAGCUACCUCCUUCUCCUCACAAAAAUCACCGGUUUCUGUAUAAUGACUUCAAUCAGUGCAAUUCUUUCCCUUUCGAGCACGUGCUGCUUAAUGGGACCAAUCGGACAAAUCAAGAAAAUGUUCGAUAAAAGUCGUUGGAUUGCCUCAUCUAUGUAUAUUUUGUUCAUUUUUCUAACAUUACUUUCCGGUCUCGUCCUGAAAAAUUCUCUUCUCGCAAUAAUUUGUACUGCUGGACAGUACAUUGCAAUGGCUUGGUACUCACUUUCAUACAUUCCUUAUGCAAGAGAAGCUGUCUCAAAGAUCUUCUUCUAAAUAUUUCAUGUUGAAUACUUAUUGAAAUUAUUUUACCCUCGACUGUCCCAUUUCCCUUUCUAUUAUUAAUUUUGAGAUUUGCCAUCAUCCGGUUGUGAGAGCUUUUACCUAAUCUAUUGUGAUUGUCUGUACUUAAAUUUUAAUUCACCAUGAUUUCACAGCUUCUGUCGCCAUGAUAUCAGCAUCAAUUGCUUCAUAAUUCUUAUUGUAUAAUAUUGAAUAAAGCUAUCAAUUACCA